AUGCCUUCUUCACAUUUUCUUGUCUCCUCACCUACUCCCGCGCACCAAUUACACGGUUCAUUUUGCCAAUUCGAGCCUAAUCCUUCCCCGCUUCUCCGGUCAAGUAUCUACCGACGGAAAAAAACAAAUCACGCCCCUCAGUAUGAUCAUGAUGGUAAUUACCACAACUCAAGCUUGCUCGAGUCUAAAAGAUUUUUGGAGGCAGAGGUCCCAGCAGAGCAUGACAAACAACUCCCGGAGAUGUGCAACGAAGAUCGCUACGGUGACCUUGUGGACGAACAAGAUCAACAAACCUUUGAGGGAACGUAUGUUGAGGACGAGCCCCAUGACGAAGAGGAUGAACUCGAAGAAGAUGGUGAUCCGAGUGAAUCAGCAGAGCAGGUGAUCGGGCCGUUUAGCCCAACACUAGAUGUCUCGUUUGCAAGCUCUAUGUCAAACGGCACUGCGCCACCAACUCCUUCACCCUAUCCACAGGGGUCCAGGUUUACUCAUAAUGCCCAACUUGCUCCAGUCUCCUCUAAGCACUCAUUCCCACCCGCCCAUCUCAUCGCGCCUAAUCCAAACGUCAUGCCACAUUCUUCUUCUCCCCAUCGCAUGGACAUCUCACCCGCUCCAAUUUCAACUCGGUGCAAUAUACCCUCUUAUCCCCACCAACCAAACAGCUUCCGGCCUCACUCUCCGGAUGAUCCGUUUGGCGGAAGCUCCUCUGGCUCCCCAUCUCACACUCUUUCAAAAUUAAGUCCUACCACAAGAAACACUCGGCGGACUGUCGGGCUGAGAAAGACUCAGUCGCGUCCCAAUCUUUCAUCUGAGGCUCUCUUUCUUCAUCCCUCCAGAACGAUGGAUGAGAAAUCCUCACCGUGUGCGUUGGCUCGCACCAGCGAUUGCAUGGAUAUCGACUCUCCCAGCUAUGCUCAAGCGCAUCACUGCCAUAGUCUUCACUCCCAGAUGGGGUCCGAUGACAUGCCAUCGGGCGCCCGGUGCCUUUGCCACCGAACAUCGCGCUCCACAAGCCAAAGUAGUACCGGAAAACGAAGCCGGUCAGACGAGGAUGAAGAACGCGAGCAAUCUCCCUCGCGCCCCAGCAGCAGCGGCUGCAACCGCCAAUCAGCUGACAAAGCACACGUCUCAAGCCCUUCGGAAUUGUCGCUUGCCGGACCGUCUCUGGCUGAUCGACUUUUUGGUGCCAGUUCACGUCUGUACGGCGAACCAUCUCGCUCUUUUUCACCCUUCGAGCCGUCCUCCUCGCCUAGUGAUACUAUGAGUCCUAGCGUGAAAGCGGCGGCGAAGAUCACCGUCGGUCGCAAGGCUUCUGAGCGCCCAUUAUCCGGCUUCCGUUUCCCUGCCUCAAAGUCUUACAUCCCCUCUGCAAUCAUUCCUUCAACGACUCGCCCUCAGCAUCUAGGCCCGGCUAACGUAGGACUAGCAUUUGGUAACCGCACCACUCAUCGGCGCCCAGUGUUGGGUGUCGUGCAGAGCAGCGCAACGCUUUUCAGCCGUCACCAAUCGACAUCAACUACUAGCGCGGGCAUGGACCGCCCGCGAGAUAUGUCGGGAAGGCCUGCUUCAAAGAGUCGCCGUGCCAUCAGUUUCGCAGCCACGGAGGGAGAUAGCCACAAUCUCAUGCUACAAUGUGAUGGCAUGGUAGCUGACCCAGACGAAGAUGAAGAAGAGUCAGAGCUUGAUGUCAGCUUGGAUUUCAAUUGCUCCCCUGCGGCUCGAACUUCUAAAAAAGCGUCUCAUUCAUCUCUCGUCAGUAGCAUAUGGCCAAAAUACACCGAGAGCCCAAUCCGCCCGAACAGGAGUGCGAGUCACAAUGAUUCCAGACUCAAUCCCAAUCGUAAGCCAUCUGGGGCUGGUGCGUCCAACUCCCAGUCGGUCCUUCCAACCUUCGAACUCGCCAUGGCUUCCCAAAGUCCUACAAGAACUUUUGCCGCCACUUUAACCUCGACUAUCGAGAGCCCAGUGGGUAUGGCGUUUAGUGAAAAAGAACGUGCUGGAAAGAUCCUACCGUGUCACAAGGUGUCCGAUGAUGGUCUAAUGCGCAUUUCCCCCGACACAAUGGACCGCCUUUUAGAAGGGCUCUAUGAUCAAAACAUAUCUCAGACAAUCGUGAUUGAUUGCCGGUUCGGCUACGAGUAUGAAGGCGGACACAUUCGCUCGGCCAUCAAUAUUCAAGACAAAGGACUCGUCGACAAGAUGCUCUUACAAGGAGGAAUCUUCACACGUGGGAAAGGUGAUGUUCCUCUGCCAAGUGAAUCCGGAAAAAUAGAUUCGACUGGGCAAAAUAAGAAAGUGGUACUUGUUUUUCAUUGCGAAUACUCCGCCAUGAGGGCACCAACUACGGCUAAAUAUCUUCGUGAACAAGAUCGUCACAUGAAUAUGUCACACUACCCUGCUCUACACUAUCCGGAGGUAUACAUUCUAGAAGGCGGUUAUGCUAGAUACUUUGCACAUUCUCCUCAGCAUUGUGAAGGAGGCUACGUUGGUAUGGAUGAUCCAAGCCAUCGGAGCGAUCGCCACGCCGAUCUGAACCAGUUCCGAACACGCGAAAGCGCUUUUUCUUCGAGAGCCAAGAGCUUCACGUAUGGCGAGAGCCAGAAGUCGAUGAAAAACGGAAACCAUCAGAAAAAGCCGGUCUUCCUCUUCGAUCAGGCCUGCUCCGAGUCUAACAAGCCGCGGGUCAUAUUCGAAUGA